AUGACCUAUGACAAGCCCACUGUCCGUUGGGGCAUUGUGGCCACUGGCCUCAUCUCUUCGUGGUUCGUCAAGGACAUCGUCUUGGAACGAUCUGACGCCAAGGCAAAUCAUUUCGUCCAAGCAAUCGGCUCCUCUUCAGUAGAGAAGGGUCAGAACUUUGUCAAGGAGCAUCUCCCGGGGAAAUCACCAACCAUCUACGGAAGCUACCAGGAGCUUUACACGGAUCCAAACGUGGAUAUCAUCUACAUUGGGACUCCCCAUGCGUUCCACAAGCAGAAUGCUCUCAACUCUAUCGCCCAUGGAAAACAUGUUCUCUGUGAGAAGGCCUUCACCCUGAAUGCCGCUGAGACCCGUGAGGUGCUCAACGCUGCGAAAGAGAAGGGUGUGUAUAUCAUGGAGGCUAUGUGGACAAGACACUUUCCCCUUGUCCGCACACUGCAGAAGCUUCUCCACAAGGACAAGGUCAUUGGGGAAAUUCAGCGUACGUUCUGCGACUUUGCCAUGGACAUGAAGAUUGCAGAGAAGGGCCCCGAGUCGCGACUAAAGAACCCGGCUUUGGGAGCUGGCACUCUCCUUGACAUUGGUAUCUACAGUCUGACAUGGAGCAUCAUUGGACUGGAACCUCCAUUGGGAAUGGGCGAGAAGCCACUUACUGCCGCACCGGAGAAGCCUAAAAUUCUGGCUGCGCAGACACUCUCCGAUGAAAUCGACAUUUCGACCUCAAUCAUUCUACACUAUGCCGACGGGAGACAGGGUAUUGCAACAUCCAACGCCGUGGUUAAAUCGUCGUCUCCUUCAUUCUGCCGCAUCGAGGGCACCGAGGGUGUGGUCUUCGUGUACGGCCGAGGUCCUUCGAUGCCGGACUAUUUCACUGUGCGCAAGCUGAAUGGCGAAGAGACCAAGUAUGAGUUCGAGAAACCAGGGAUGGGCUUUUUCUGGGAGGCGGACGCGGUUGCGGUGGACGUUGCUGCGGGGAGAACGGAGAGCACUAUCAUGCCGUGGGCAGAGACCCUCCGAGUGAUGGAGAUCUUGGAUGAGGCAAGGCGGCAAGGAGGCGCAAGGUUCCCACAGGACCCCAGAAACUAG